AUGUUCAGUAAUGAGGAGGUAGAAGAAAACCUCUCUGUGUCAGAGAUUCUUGAAAAAGCAAACAGUAAUGUUGUGCGCAGAGCAGAUGAGCCCUUUGUUGUAGAUGACAUCGCAUACGUCUCUGAGGGGGAGAGGAACGCGGACCCCUGCACUUCUGGGCCCGGGGGAUGUCUGUGGCCAAAAUCUACUGACGGAACAGUCUACGUGCCUUAUGUGAUCGCUAAUCAUUACACCUCUCGUGAGCUGGCCGUCAUUGAGCGUGGUCUGCAGUCCUUUUCCAGCUCUACCUGCAUCCGUUUUAUCCCCAGAACUAAUCAAAGAGAUUACCUUGACAUCCAGGAUGACACGGGGUGUUACUCCUUCGUGGGCCGCAUUUACAAUGCUCAGGUGCUUUCUCUGGGUCAUAAGGGCUGCAUCUACCACAACACUGUCCAACACGAGCUGCUGCACGCUCUGGGCUUCAAACACGAGCAGUGUCGCAGUGACCGGGACCAGUACAUCCGAGUCCUUCUGCAAAAUGUGAAACCUGGCCUGGAGUAUGCUUUUGACAAGAUCGCCACAUUGAACCAGGACACACCAUAUGAUUACAACUCUGUGAUGCAAUACCAUAAGUACGCCUUCUCUAAGAAUGACGAGCCCACCAUGGAACCUUACCCUGACCCAAAUGUGCCAUUCGGAACCGCCACUGAGAUGAGCAAGAACGACAUCCUCAGAGUGAACAGGCUCUACCAGUGUUAAUGGACCAGUACGUCCAAUACUUUUACUGUGAACGUAAUGACAAGUCCUGAAAUAUGUUCGCAAUGUGACGUCUUUGUCAUGGUGCAGUAACAGUGUGUGUGUGUGGGUGUGUGGGUGUGUGUGUGCGCAUAUUUGUGCAUGUGUAUGCUUGGGUGUGUGUGUGUGAGUGUGUGUGUGCGUGUGUGCGUGUGUGCGUUGUUGUU